CCCGCCGCUCGGCGCCCGCAGUCGGAGGGAAGCAGGCGGCGGAGCAGAGCCGGUCGCCAGGUUAGCCAUGUCAUCUGAGCCUCCCCCGCCGUCACAGCCCCCCACCCACCAGGCUCCAGGAGGGCUGCUGGACACCCCUCGGGCCCGCGAGCGCUCCCCGUCCCCGCUGCGGGGCAACGUGGUCCCGAGCCCGCUGCCCACUCGCCGGACAAGGACGUUCUCGGCGACGGUGCGGGCUUCCCAGGGCCCCGUCUACAAAGGAGUGUGCAAAUGCUUCUGCCGGUCCAAGGGCCACGGCUUCAUCACCCCGGCCGACGGCGGCCCUGACAUCUUCCUGCACAUCUCCGACGUGGAGGGGGAGUACGUCCCCGUGGAAGGCGACGAAGUCACCUACAAGAUGUGCUGCAUCCCACCCAAGAACGAGAAGCUGCAGGCCGUGGAGGUUGUCAUCACCCACCUGGCUCCGGGCACCAAACACGAGACCUGGUCUGGGCAUGUGGUCAGCUCCUAGGAGACACCCGAGGCACCACUCCCCUGGCGUGGGGGGAGACUGGGGGAGGAGCAGUGGGGCCACGCUGAAGAGAACUCUGUGCUGCACAAGCUGGGGCUCGGGGCGGGGGGGUGCGGGCCCCACCAGU